UUCGUCGGCAACUGAAAGAGCUCACAGAGAAGGGUUGGAUUCGGCCCCCUUUGGCUCACCAGUAUUGUUUGUUCCAAAGAAAGGGGGAACACUAAGGAUGUGCAUUGAUUAUAGAGGCCUCAAUGCCAUCACCGUUAAAAACGCAGAGCCUCUACCACGCAUCGAAGACCUAUUGGAUAGGGUGCAGGGGUGUAAGUACUAUACAAAGAUAGACUUAAAAUCCAGCUACCAUCAGAUUGCCAUAAGACCAGAGGACCAGCACAAAAUCGCAUUUCAGACGAGGUACGGUCUGGAUGAGUUUGUGGUGAUGCCCUUUGGCCUUUGCAAUGCGCCGGGUACAUUCCAGCACGCCGUGAAUAGGAUCUUCCAUAACUACUUGGACAAGUUUGUUGUCGUGUACCUCGAUGACAUACUUAUCUUCAAUAGAUCUGUCGAGGAGCAUGCCCAGCAUGUAGACACAAUACUUUCACUCCUUCGACAGCACAAGUAUAAGAUAAACAUAGAGAAAUGCGAGUUUGGUCGCACUCGAAUCUUGUACUUGGGUCAUGAAGUAUCCGCGGAUGGAAUUAGGCCUGAAGAUGCUAAAGUGGCUAGCAUACGUGACUGGCCACGACCCCAGUCGGUGACUGAGGUCAGAUCAUUCUUGGGAAUGUGUGGUUAUUGCCGCAAUUUCGUGAAGAACUAUAUCACGUUUGCAUCUCCCUUGACUGAUCUAACUCGACUUGACAGACCAUGGGACUGGACCGACGAGUGUGAGGCAACUUUCAAACGGUUGAAGCAUGCUCUCACACACCAUGAGGUUCUCAUGGUACCCGAUCCGCAAAGGCCAUUUGUUGUAACCACUUACGCAAGCCAAUAUGACAUUCGCGCAGUGCUGGCUCAGCAGGACGGGAAAAAGUUGAGACCGGUUGAGUACAUGAGCAAAAAGAUGCCAUCAAAGAAGUUGGCAAAGUCCACCUACGAGAGGGAACUCUACGCUCUUCACAAGGCACUUGUCCACUGGAGGCACUAUUUGUUAGGGAGGUUCUUUUACUUGAGAACUGACCAUCAGACCCUCAAGUGGAUCAAGACUCAACCAGUUCUCCCUGGUGCACUCAAACGCUGGAUUGAAGUCAUAGAUCAAUAUGACUUCAAACUAGACUAUGUGAAAGGAGAGUACAACAAGGUUGCAGAUGCGUUGUCUAGGAGGGCAGACUUCCUAGGUGCACUGAUUUCUGAGUAUGGUUUGUCUGAGGAUGUGACUCAAUCGUUGGGGGAAGCCUACAAGGAAGACCCCAUCAUGAUGGACAUCAUUAACAAACUUCAGGCCAAAGAUAAGGCCACCAUUGACGAGUUUGUGAUGGUGGAUGGGUUACUCUUUCUUGAGAAGGCAGGGUUCAAAAGGUUACUUGUUCCAUCUAGGGAAAUUUUGCGUAGUUUAUUUUUAGGAGAGUGUCACGACGCAACGGGACAUUUUGGCUACAAGAAGACUAGUGCUAAUUUAGUGCAACGAUUCUGGUGGCCUAACAUGCUUGACGAUGUGAAGGAGUACGUGGAGACCUGUCAGAGUAUCUCCAUGGACUUCAUGGAUACCAUUGUGACCAGCAAGAAUGGCAAGAGGCACAUCUUCGUCAUAGUGGAUAGGUUCACUAAGUACGCUAGACUAAUCGCCAUGCCAGAGACAGCUAGGACUGAGCACGUUAUCAAGUUGUUCAUGGACAACUGGAUGCGUGACUUUGGACUUCCAAAGAUGAUCGUUAGUGACAGAGAUGUGAGAUUCACAAGCGAGAUGUGGAAGAAGGCCGCUGAACAGAUGGGCAACCAGCUUCAGAUGACUUAUGGGAAUCAUCCCGAAGCAAAUGAGCAGGCUGAACAGAUGAACCGUGUGGUGCAGCAUCUGCUGAGGCAUUACAUCAAGCCCAGCCAGGAUGACUGGGAUGAGAAAUUACCUCUCAUCGCGAGCCUGUACAAUAACACUGUACACAGCACCACCGGUGUCAGUCCUAAUCAACUGCAUCUAGGGUGGAAGCCUAGAUCUGCUCUAGACUUCCUCCUGCCUGAAAACCGAACUGCUGCAACUCCUGGAACCAUUGAAUUUGGUGUCCAGUAUGAGAAACUGUUGCAGCAGACUGUCGAACACAUCAAGAAAUCUCAAGAAGUCAUGAUUGCUUAUGAGAACAAGCRUCGCCRACAGUCCAYAUUUCAGGUAGGGGAACGUGUCUGGGUGAAGGCUAAUGUUCCCAGAUUUACCGUGGCCAUGGGACUGGAGUGCGAUCUUGCUGGGGCACUGCCCAAACUUCACGAAAGGCGAAUGCGCUUGGGACCGCUUCCGUCUUGGAAGAAGAUCCUUACUUUGGGUAAUUUGGUGGAGGAGGUGUGUGCUGGAAAUGGUGGAAGCCAGGGUGGAGGAGGGGGAGGUCACGGAACAGCUCAAACAACUGGUGCAGCCCGAGAUUACCAUCCGCUGGCAGGCUGUGCCGCUGCGACGGAGAAAUUGGACAGUGUGCACUUUAGGAGGGAUGCAGACCGGAUCAUUUCCCGGUUCUGUGAGGAAUGGCUAGGCGGGAAGAGUGGGGGCUGGAUAGCCCAGGUGACAUGGUCGGAAGACGAGCUUCCGAGCAGUGGAACAACACAUGGCAGAGGAAGAGGAUCCUUAGAUGGAUAUGAAGUGGAACUACAGGCUGCAGUUUCGAGAGUUCUUCUGACGGAUUAUCUAAGGUGCCUACCUGCAGAGGUAAGGACCAAGCUGGUUGAUGAGGCCUAUGUCGAACAACACACCUUCGCUACUUUUAGUAAGAAAGCUCUGGACAUAGAGGCAAAGCUGGGAUUCGCGCAUCAGCACGCGAUGAGCAGGAUUUUUCAUGACUACUUGGACAAGUUUAUCGUCGUGUACCUCGACGAUAUUCUCAUCUUUAGUAGGACUGUAGAGGAGCACGCUGAGCACUUGAAAACAGUGCUAGGUCUCCUAAGACAACACCAGUACAAGGUUAACUUGGAGAAAUGCGGGUUUGGUCGCACCAAGAUCUUGUACUUGGGUCAUGAAAUCUCAGCAGAUGGAUUGAGGCCGGAUGAUGCUAAGGUGGCCAGCAUACGUGACUGGCCCAGACCUCAGACUGUUACUGAGGUCAAAUCGUUUUUGGGGAUGCCGGGCUACUAUCAUCCGUUUGUGAAGAACUAUAGUACUAUAGCUUCCCCAUUGACAGAUCGAACUCAACUGGACACCCCUUGGGAGUGGACUGAAGAGUGUGAGGCGGCCUUCAGGAAACCGAAGUAUGCCCUGACACACUAUGAAGUUCUUAAACUUCCUGAUCCGGAUAAGCCAUUUGUCGUGACUACAGACACCAGCCAAUAUGGCAUUGUCGCAGUCCUUGUGCAAAAGGAAGGGCCUAAGUUGAGACCCAUCGAGUAUAUGAGCAAAAAGAUGCCAUCUCAAAAACUAGCUAAGUCCACUUAUGAGCGCGAGCUCUAUGCCCUAUAUAGAGUGCUGGCCGUUGAACAUAUUAAGAAGUCUCAGGAUGCUAUGAUCGCAUUUGAGAAUAAGCAUAGACGGCCCUCUAACUUUCAGGUAGGUGAUAGAGUCUGGGUAAAGUCAUCAGAACUAGGUCAGGAGAUGGGGAUAUCCAGAAAACUGAUGCCGCAGUAUUUUGGGCCCUGGGAGAUCUUGGACAUUGUAGGGGAUCAACCGGAUAGGCCUUCAUACGUGAUCCGUAUUCCUGCACACCUACCCACCUACCCUGUGUUCCAUGCCUCCAACCUGGCACCUUUUGCUGCCACUGACCAGUUUCCCUCAAGGAGAUUAAUGCUGGCCCCAACCAUGGAUGGCGAGGUGGACAUCGACCAGAUCGUGGAGCAUCGAGUAAUCCCUAUUCCUCGACCAUCAGGCAGAGGGUGCCCUCCUAAACCGAGAAUGCAGUAUCGUGUGAGCUUCAGACAUCAUCUGGAUCCUAAGGAGGAUCGCUGGUUCACACGAAAAGAACUCAUGAGAACAGCACCUCAAGUGAUAGCAGGCUACGAAAAAGCACUCAAAGGUGGCACUGCAUUGCGUUGUGGGUGCUAUCGAGGCCAAGACCGGUCAUCAAAUGCACACUCAGCUCAAUUGGUGAGAAAUCUGUGGUUGGGGGCAGCUAUCUCCAGGGUACUUCAGUCCACAAGUCAAAUGGCGGGCUCGCAGUUUAGCCCGUUGACCCCACGCGGCAGGGAGCUCUUAGAGCUCGAACAGGUCGAGAGGAUCCGCCUGAAGUUAGAAAGGGAACUGAAGGAAGCAACCAAUAGAGAAAGAGAAAUUAAAAAUAGAAGAGUCAGGCUUGAUUCGUUGGAGGCUGACAAAGCUGCUCUAGAGGCGUUGGAUGAGUCGGUCAUGACUGACCAACUGAAAGUGUUGAAGCACAAUAUGCUGUCGUUGCAUGCGCACGUGGACAGCAGAUUGGACUUCAUGCAGCACACUCUAGAUCAGAUCUUGAACCUUUUGCAAAGGCCAGGAUUUAGACCAGCAGCACAGUCGUCGUUGCCGUUAACGGUGAUGUCAGGCCCCUUUCUCGUACAAGCUGGCACACAACCAAGUGGCACGUCUGCAGCAGCUGCACAGACUGUUGCUUCUUCUUCUUCGGGUCCAGCGGUGGGUGCUACAUCACCGCAACAACCUGUUCCUCAACAGGGACAGCCGCAAGGUCAAUGGUACCCUAAGACCCCAAUGAAACCGCCUCUUGCCUUCUCAGGCGAGAGGAAGGACGAAGAACUCAACACUUGGUUGAGAACAGUUCCGGUUUGGGUGAAGGCGAAGAGGACCUUGCCAGAGGACGAAGUGGUUACUGCUGCAUCUUACCUCGAGGGUAAGGCAGCCAAAUGGCUAGGUGGUAUAGUUGCAAAGGCCGGGUAUGGACGACGUAUGGGGGACUGGGCUAAGUCUAUUAUGUUAGACCAGUUCUUUGAGAUGGUAGAAGCUCGCUGGCACAAUCCUCAAUAGGCACAAAUGGCCACUGAUGGGAUAAAUAGACUAAAUCAAAGAAAGUUCAAGUC